AUGGCGACUCUAGGAGAGAGCAAGUCGGCUCGAAAGCACGUCGGGACGCUUCCGGCUUCGUGCGCUUCGGACUUGAACGAGGGGAACGACGAGCACUUCAUAUGCAUUGACAAGUUGCAAAGCGUGGGGAUCAACGCAGCAGACAUAGCGAAGCUGCGCGGCUCGGGUUACUGCACAGUCCUUUCGGUGAUUCAGACGACAAAAAAAGACCUCGCGCUCGUGAAAGGCCUCUCCGAGGCCAAAGUCGAAAAGAUCGUGGAAGCUGCAAUGAAGCUGGAGUUGUGCAACUCGUUCAUAAGUGGGGGCGAGUUGAUAGCGCGUCGGGCCAAAGUGUUGAAGAUAACAACAGCUGCCCCGGGAGAUGGGCGGCGGAUGCGGAAAGCAAUCAUAAUUGUGGACUCGAUCAUGGCUUUGUUUCGAGUGGACUUCAGCGGCCGCGGCGAGCUGGCGGACCGGCAGCAGAAGUUGAACAAGAUGUUGAACUCGCUGAUUAAGGUGUCUGAACAGUACAACGUGUCAGUAGUGCUCACAAAUCAAGUAAUGUCCGACCCCGGCGGCGGGCUGACCUUCGUGGCGAACCCGACCAAGCCCGUCGGCGGACACGUCCUCGGCCACGCCUCCACCACCCGCCUCUCCCUCCGCAAGGGAAAAGGCGAUCAGCGAAUUUGCAAAGUUUACGACGCCCCCAACUUGGCCGAGUCCGAGUGCAUCUUUCAGCUGACUGCCCAGGGCAUCACCGACGCGGCGGAGUGA